AUGGACGCACAGAGCUACGCCCAGCGAAGUGUCCUUCCUGCGGCUUUGACAAGCAAGAAAUCCCGCGGAUCGUCUGCGGCCUGCGGAGAAACCAACCCAUUUCACCAUGGCCACAACAAAACCAGAUCUAUCAUCAGCCAUCCUUUACAAUGGACUGGCUGGAGGACUAUGUUUUGUGGGAGAAAUCUGACUGUGGAUAAGAAAGCAAAGGACACAGACUUUCACUGA